AUGUACAUCAAAAGGGUUGUCAUAAAAGGAUUCAAGACAUAUCGUAAUGAGACUGUUAUUGAUAACUUCUCGCCGCAUCAUAAUAUAGUUAUUGGGUCUAAUGGAUCGGGCAAAUCGAAUUUUUUUGCAGCAAUCAGGUUUGUGUUGAGUGAUGACUAUUCUAAUUUGAAAAGGGAGGAGAGGCAAGGUUUGAUCCAUCAGGGAUCAGGAUCAGUUAUGAGCGCAUCAGUGGAAAUUGUGUUCCAUGAUCCCGAGCACAGAAUGAUACUACCGUCAGGUGUGUCUCCAAGGGGGGAUGACGAGACAUUCGUUAGAAGAACCGUUGGUUUGAAAAAAGACGAUUAUCAACUGAACGAUCGUAAUGUGACCAAAGGUGAUGUGUUUCGAAUGCUCGAAAGUGCAGGGUUUUCGAUGAGCAAUCCGUACAACAUUGUUCCUCAAGGACGGAUUAUUGCAUUGACAAAUGCCAAGGACAAAGAAAGGCUCCAAUUGCUUGAAGAUGUCGUAGGAGCAAAAUCGUUCGAAAUAAAGUUGAGGGCGUCAUUAAAGAAAAUGGAUGAAACCGAACGCAAAAGAUCACAGAUUUCAAGCGAGAUGGAAGAGCUAAAUGGUAAGCUUAACGAAAUGGAGGAAGAGAAAAAAGAGUUGGAAAAAUUCAAUUCACUUGACAAGAAUCGUAAGUGUUAUCAAUUCAAUUUGUACGACAGGGAACUGAAUGAUGUCAUCAAUGAAAUUGAGAGACUUGAUGGAGAUUACAAUUCCACUCUGCAUUCAUCUGAGCAAUAUAUUGAGGAGUUAGAUAAGAGGGAGGACGUGAUUGCUCAAAUAUCCCGAAAAUUGCAAAAUAUGGAAUCAACCCUCAAGAUAAAGGGUACCACAGAGCUCUCGCAAGCCACGACUAGAUUAAAUGAUCUUAAUAAUGAAAUUGCUGCGCUCAUCGUGAAAAUAAGUGAUCUACAAAGACAAGUAAAGGCAAAUGAUGAGCAAGCUGUUAUUGAUGGCAAAAAUUUGGAGUACCUGAAUGAAAUUAUCGCAAAAAAGCAGAAUCAGUUGCAGAAAAUAUCACCUCGUUUUGAAGAGCUAAGUAAAGAUGAAAUCAGUUUGAAGAUGCAAUUGGUUCAAUUGAAAGAAAAGCAACGAGAUUUGCUGCUAAAGAAGGGAAAGUAUGCUAGGUUUACAACAAAAGAAGAACGCAAUGCUUGGAUUGAAAAUGAAUUAAAUGAGUUAAAUUCAACUCUCACAAGUUUGAAGAAUUUGCAGGCUCAACUAUCCAAUGACAAGAAUGAUAUAAAUGCCAAACUUGAAGUAUUAGAUGAAGAAAUAGAAGAUUUAAGUGAUUCUAUCCAAGGUGGAGGAAUAGUUGCCGAAUUAGAAGAUUUAGAAAGAGAAUUGCUGGCAUUAAAAGAGGAAUAUGGUAAGAAGAUUGAUGAAAGGAAGGAGCUAUGGAGGUCAGAACAGAGACUACAAACAGUCUUCGAGACAGUUUCAGAGAAUGUCAGUAUCUCCGAAAGGAGCGUUGACGAGACCAUGAGUAGAAGUUUAGCUAAUGGAAUUUCGAGUGUCAAAGAAAUAACAGAAAAGCUUAAAUUGCCGGAAGGGAAAGUUUAUGGAACUCUUGGUGAACUUAUAAAAGUCAGCGACAAGUAUAAAAUGUGUGCAGAAGUUGUUGGCGGGAAUUCAUUAUUCCACAUUGUCGUCGAUACUGAUGAAACCGCAUCUUUACUCCUUAAGGAACUUUACAGAAUGAAAGGUGGUAGAGUUACUGUCAUGCCCUUAAACAGGAUUUUCAAUGAUCCAAAUGUCAGUUAUCCCCCAAACGAGCAAUCUUCCUCCUGUACACCUUUGUUGAAAAAAAUAAAAUAUGAUGCUCGGUUUGAAAAGGCAGUGAAACAUGUAUUUGGAAAAGCAAUUGUGGUCAAAGAUUUAGGACAAGGUGCACGGAUAGCUAAAAGAUUCAAAUUGAAUGCUAUUACUUUAGAUGGUGACAGGGCUGACCAAAGGGGUGUGUUGACAGGUGGGUAUCAUGAGCAACAUAAGAAAACAAGACUUGAUUCUUUAAGAAGUCUCAAAAACUCAAGAACCCAACAAAUUAACGUCAUCAGUGAACUUGAAAGAAUAAGAGAAAAAAUAAAAGAUUCGGAUAGUGAAGUUGAUAGCAUCAACGGAUCAAUUAGGAGAUUAUACAGCAAAAAAGAGAACAUCGUUGCUACUGUAGAUACUUUGAGAGCAAAGCUCAAUAAUAAGAAGAGUGAAAAAAUAUUUCUUGAGGAAUCAGAUGUGUCUUUAACAACUAAACUUGAAAAAACGCUGACAAACAUCAAACUAAAGGAAGAAAAAAUGAACGAUUUUAUGUCUGACUUGGAUCGUAACUUAGAUAAUGAACUAUCUGCGGUACAACAAAAAGAACUGAAUGAUCUAACGGAAACGAUAAAACAGGUCCAGAAUAGCAUUAAUAUUACGUCAGAAGCUCUUCAAGGUUUAACUACCAAUAUAGACAUUUUAAAUGCCGAAUUGAAUUCUAAGCUUUUGCCACAACAAAAAGAGUUGAACUCCAAGAAAUCGGACGUUGGUGACUUAUUCAUAACAGAUUUAAAAGACGAGGUACGAUCUUCGGUUCUUGAAAGGAAACAAUUGGAACAUGAAAGGGAUAACUGCAGUAUGGAAGUAACUAACCUUAAGAAUGAGCUAGAUUCUUUGAAAGGAGAGAAAAAAAAUAAUGAGAAACUAUUGGAUAAGGCCAACAGUCAGCAAGCAUUGCUAUUGAAGAAAUUGGAGACGUUCCAAAAGAACGCUGAAAAGUCAAUGAUUAAAAAAACAACUCUAGCAUCCCGACGUGAAGAGCUACAGCAGAAAAUUAGGGAAAUUGGACUUCUGCCUGAAGAUGCACUAAACGAAUUCGAUGGCUUAUCAAGUGAAGAGCUCCUCAAGAAGCUAAACUCCGUAACCGGAAAAAUUUCAGGCCUUAAAAAUGUCAAUAAGAGAGCUUUCGAGAACUACAAGAGGUUUCAUGAGAAAAGGACCGAGCUUGAAGAGAGAACAGUUGAGCUCGAAGAAUCUAAAAGCUCGAUUCAAAACCUAAUAGCUAAAUUACAGCAGCAAAAAGUCACUGCUGUUGACCUCACCUUUAAAAAAGUUUCCGAAAAUUUUUCAAAUGUCUUUGAAAAAUUGGUGCCCAAAGGUGCAGCUAAACUUCUGAUUCACCGUGCUUCUGAGAGUGAUAAAGACAACGAUGUUAAUAUGGACGAGAAUCCUUCUCAAAUAGAGUCAGCAUAUAGCGGAGUAUCCAUUUCUGUAUCAUUCAAUUCAAAAAAGAAUGAGCAACUUCAUGUCGAACAAUUAAGUGGUGGCCAGAAAACCGUUUGUGCAGUUGCUCUUAUUUUAGCGAUUCAAAUGGUGGAUCCUGCUCCAUUUUAUUUGUUUGAUGAAGUAGAUGCUGCUUUGGAUAAGCAAUAUAGGACCGCAGUCGCUAAUAUAAUCAAAGACUUAUCAAGGAAUGCUCAGUUUAUUUGUACUACUUUCAGAACUGAUAUGCUACAGGUAGCAGAUACGUUUUUUCGUGUCAAAUAUGAGAAUAAAAUCUCAACAGUUGUUGAAGUGGAUCGAGAAGAUGCAAUUAAUUUCCUGAGCGGUAAUAAUAAAUUUGCGGAAAACUAG